GCUCUACGUCUGCUGCUGCUACUGUAAGUCCGAUACCCUCCUCUCUCUCUCUCUCUCUCUCUCUCUCUCUCUCCACCGCCGAAACUUUUUUCUUCAUUUCACUCUCUCUCUUCCUCCUACUCACAUCUCCUCACUUCUCAGACAAUGGGCCAUGGAGUGACCUCCUCUGCGCCUUCCACGGCUGAGACCCCCGUGGAUGACUACUCCCCCUCCGCCUUCCCUUAUCCCGAGAACGCCGACCCGGCAAACAAGUCCUGGGCCGGCACCCUCCCCACCAAGCAGGGCCUCUACGAUCCCGAGUUUGAAAAGGACGCCUGUGGUGUUGGCUUUGUCUGCAACAUCAAGGGUGUCACUUCCCACAAGAUCGUCUCUGAUGCCAAAUCCCUCCUCUGCAACAUGACCCAUCGUGGUGCCGUCGGUGCCGACGCUCGCGAUGGUGACGGUGCCGGCGUCAUGUGCUCCAUCCCGCACGCCUUCUUCGUCAAGGAGUUUGAGAUCCCCUCCGGCCUCAAGCUUCCUCCCCUUGGCCAGUACGCCACCGGUAACCUCUUCUUCAAGUCCGAUCCAGAGGUCCUCGCCCAGUCCCGCGCCACCUUCGAGACCAUCGCCAACGAGCUCGGCCUCCGUGUCCUCGGCUGGCGUGCCGUCCCGCGCGACUCCUCCAUCCUCGGCCCCGCUGCGCUCUCCCGCGAGCCUCUCAUCCUCCAGCCCUUCGUCGUCCUCCGCUCCUUCUACGGUGACGAGACGACCGAGCCCCAGGAGGCUGAGCUCGACCUCAAGCGCUUCGAGCGUCAGCUCUACGUCCUCCGCAAGCGCGCCACCCACACCAUCGGCCUCCACAACUGGUUCUACAUCUGCUCCCUCUCGAACAAGAACAUCGUCUACAAGGGCCAGCUCGUCCCCGUCCAGGUCUACAACUACUACCACGAUCUCCAGAACGUCGACUUCGAGGCUCACUUCUGCCUCGUCCACUCCCGUUUCUCGACAAACACCUUCCCCUCCUGGGACCGUGCCCAGCCUCUCAGAUGGGCCGCCCACAACGGUGAAAUCAACACCCUUCGUGGUAACAAGAACUGGAUGCGCGCCCGCGAGGGUCUCAUGCGCUCCGACCUCUUCGCCGACGAGCUCGAGCAGAUGUACCCCAUCAUCGAAGAAGGUGGCUCCGACUCUGCCGCCUUCGACAACGUCCUCGAGCUCCUCACCAUCAACGGCGUGCUCUCCCUCCCCGAGGCCGUCAUGCUCAUGGUCCCCGAGGCCUGGCAGACUAACCCCGACAUGGACCCCAAGAAGGCUGCUUUCUACGAGUGGGCUGCUUGCUUGAUGGAGCCCUGGGACGGUCCCGCGCUCUUCACCUUCGCCGACGGCAGAUACUGCGGUGCCAACCUCGACCGUAACGGUCUCCGUCCUUGCCGCUUUUACGUCACCGACGACGACCGCAUGAUCUGCGCGUCCGAAGUCGGCACCAUCCCCGUCGAGUCCGAGAAGAUCAUCCAGAAGGGCCGUCUGCAGCCCGGCCGCAUGCUCCUCGUCGACACCGUCGAGGGCCGCAUCGUCGACGACAAGGAGCUCAAAAACAAAAUCUCCUCGCGCUUCGACUUCAAGGGCUGGAUCCAGGCAAACAUGCUCACCAUUCCCUCCGUCAUCGAGAAGGUCACCGCGCAGUCGAUCCCGAUCGAGCCCGUCAUCGACUUCUCGAUCAAGGUCCAGAACGACCCCCGUCUGCUCGCAAACGGUUACACAUUCGAGCAGGUCUCGCUCUUGCUCGCGCCCAUGGCCUCCGACUCCAAGGAAGCCCUUGGUUCAAUGGGUAACGACGGCCCGCUUGCCUGCCUCGCCCAGGCGCCCCGUCUCAUGUACGACUACUUCCGCCAGCUCUUUGCGCAGGUCACCAACCCUCCCAUCGAUCCCAUCCGCGAGGCCAUCGUCAUGUCGCUCGACUGCUACGUCGGUCCCCAGGGCAACGUUCUCGAGAUGAAGGCGUCGCAGUGCAACAGACUCUACAUGCCCUCGCCCAUCCUCAACCUCAAGCAGCUCGAGGCCAUCAAGAACGUCUCAAAGGCCUACCACAACUGGUCCGUCGGCACCAUCGACAUCACCUUUGACCGCUCCGAGGGCCUGCUCGGCUACGAGCGCGCCGUCGACCGCAUCUGCAAGGAGGCCAUCCAGGCCAUCGAGGCUGACCACAAGAUCAUCAUGCUCUCCGACCGCAACCUCUCCUCCUCGCGCAUCGCCGUCUCGGCCUUGAUCGCCUGCGGUGCCGUCCACCACUACCUCGUCAAGUCCAAGCUGCGCUCCACCGUCGCUCUCUUUGUCGAGACCGCCGAGGCGCGCGAGGUCCACCACCUCUGCGUCUUGCUCGGAUACGGUGCCGAUGCCAUCAUCCCCUACCUCGCGUUCGAGACCCUGCUGCGCAUGAACCACGAGAACUUGCUCCGCAAGCAGCUCUCCGACGACGAGGUCAUCGACAACUACAUCCACUCGGCCGACAACGGUAUCCUCAAGGUCAUGUCCAAGAUGGGUAUCUCGACCCUGCAGUCGUACAAGGGCGCCCAGAUCUUCGAGGCCCUCGGUGUCGACAACUCGGUCGUCGACAAGUGCUUCGCCGGCACUGCCACCCGUAUCAAGGGUAUCACCUUUGAGUACAUCGCGCAGGACGCCUUUGCCCUGCACGAGCGCGGAUACCCCUCGCGCGAGGUCAUCCGCCCCGAGGGUUUGCCCGAGUCGGGUGAGUACCACUACCGUGACGGUGGUGAUGCGCACAUCAACGACCCCGUCUCGAUCGCAAACAUCCAGGACGCCGUGCGCACGAAGAACGACAAGUCCUACGAGGCCUACUCGAAGGCCGAGUACGAGCAGAUCAAGAACUGCACUCUGCGCGGUAUGCUCGACUUUGACUUUGAGUCGUCGACUGCCGUGCCCAUCGACCAGGUCGAGCCGUGGACCGAGAUCGUGCGGAGGUUCGUGACCGGUGCCAUGUCUUAUGGUUCGAUCUCGAUGGAGGCCCACUCUACUCUCGCCCUUGCCAUGAACAGACUCGGAGGAAAGUCAAACACUGGUGAGGGUGGUGAGGACGCCGAGCGCAGCCAGCGUCUGCCCAACGGCGACACCAUGCGCUCUGCCAUCAAGCAGGUCGCUUCCGGCCGCUUCGGUGUCACCUCCUACUACUUGUCGGACGCCGACGAGCUCCAGAUCAAGAUGGCGCAGGGCGCGAAGCCCGGUGAGGGUGGUGAGUUGCCCGGAUACAAGGUCUCCGAGUCGAUCGCAAAGACCCGUCACUCUACUCCUGGCGUCGGUUUGAUCUCGCCCCCUCCCCAUCACGACAUUUACUCGAUCGAGGACUUGAAGCAGCUCAUCUACGAUCUCAAGUGCUCGAACCCGCGCGCUCGCGUCUCUGUCAAGCUCGUGUCUGAGGUCGGUGUCGGUAUCGUCGCCUCUGGUGUCGCCAAGGCCAAGGCCGACCACGUCUUGAUCUCCGGUCACGAUGGUGGUACCGGUGCCGCGCGCUGGACCGGUAUCAAGUACGCUGGUCUUCCCUGGGAGCUCGGUCUUGCCGAGUCGCACCAGACUCUUGUUCUCAACGACCUCCGUGGACGUGUUAUCGUCCAGACCGACGGUCAGCUCCGUACCGGACGCGAUAUCGCGAUCGCGUGCUUGCUCGGAGCCGAGGAGUGGGGUUUCGCUACCACGCCCCUUAUCGCCAUGGGUUGCAUCAUGAUGCGCAAGUGCCAUCUCAACACUUGCCCGGUCGGUAUCGCUACCCAGGACCCGCACUUGCGCAAGAAGUUCUUGGGAACGCCCGAGCACGUUAUCAACUUCUUCUACUACAUCGCCAACGAGCUCCGUGGUAUCAUGGCCAAGCUUGGCUUCCGCACCAUCGACGAGAUGGUCGGUCGCGCCGAGAAGCUCAAGGUCCGCGAGGACCUGCGCACGACCAAGACUGCCAACAUCGACCUGUCGCCCCUGCUUACGCCCGCGCACGCUCUGCGCCCUGGCGUUGCUACUCGCAAUGUUCGCAAGCAGGAUCACCAUCUCUACGAUCGUCUUGACAACAAGCUCAUUGACGAGGCCGAGGUCACGCUCGAGAAGGGCUUGCCUUCCAAGGUCGAGUGCGAGAUCAUCAACACCGACCGCGCGCUCGGCGCCACGCUCUCGUACCGCGUCUCGCGCAAGUUUGGCGAGCAGGGUCUGCCCACCGACACUAUCCACGUCAACGUGACUGGUUCGGCCGGUCAGUCGUUUGGUGCUUUCCUCGCGCCCGGAAUCACGCUCGACCUCGAGGGUGAUGCCAACGAUUACGUCGGAAAGUGCUUGUCGGGAGGUCGCUUGGUCAUCUACCCGCCCAAGAACUCGGUCUUCAAGCCCGAGGAGAACAUCUUGAUUGGUAACGUCUGCUUGUACGGUGCCACUCUCGGCCAGUGCUUCUUCCGCGGUGUUGCCGCCGAGCGCUUCGCUGUCCGUAACUCGGGCGCCAUCGCCGUCGUCGAGGGUGUCGGCGACCACGGUUGCGAGUACAUGACCGGUGGCCGCGUCGUCGUCCUCGGUCCUACCGGACGCAACUUUGCGGCCGGUAUGUCGGGCGGUAUCGCUUACGUUCUCGACAUGGCGCAGGACUUCAAGCCGAAGGUCAACAUGGAGCUCGUCGAGCUCUCUGAGGUCAGCGACCCUGCUGAGGUUGCCUUCCUGCGCGGUCUUUUGGAGGAUCACAGACACUUUACUGGAUCUACCAUUGCCGAUCGCGUUCUCAAGGACUUUAACCGCAUCCUUCCUCGCUUCGUUAAGGUUCUGCCGCUUGACUACAAGCUUGUUUUGGAGAAGGAGGCUGCGAAGAAGGCUGCUGCGCUCAAGGCUGUUGACCCGUUGACUGCUCUUGGUCUGUCGCCUUCGGCCUCGCCUGGCCCGUCUGCUCUCGAGGUUGUGAUGGAGGAUGCUCCUGUUGAGGCCGCUGCCAAGGAGGAGCCCAGGCUGCAGGAUCUCGAGGACUCUGUUCUCGAUGCCUCUGCUGCGGACCGCAACUCGAAGAAGCUUGUUGCGCUUGACAAGACCAAGGGAUUCAUGAAGUACAAGCGUCGCUCGGAGAAGUACCGCAACCCCAAGACGCGUACUAAGGACUGGGCCGAGUUGUCGACUCGUUUGACCGAGGAGGAGCUCAAGUUCCAGACCGCGCGCUGCAUGGACUGCGGUGUUCCGUUCUGCCAGUCGGAUACCGGAUGCCCGAUCUCCAACAUUAUUCCCAAGUGGAACGAGCUCGUGUUCAAGGACCAGUGGAAGGAUGCGCUCAACCGUCUGUUGAUGACCAACAACUUCCCCGAGUUCACCGGCCGCGUGUGCCCUGCUCCUUGCGAGGGUGCCUGUGUCUUGGGCAUCAACGAGGACCCUGUUGGAAUCAAGUCUGUCGAGGCCGCGAUCAUCGACCGUGGUUUCGAGAUGGGCUGGAUCCAGCCCCACGUUGUGCAGCACCGCACCGGCAAGACUGUUGCGAUUGUUGGCUCUGGACCUUCCGGUCUUGCUGCUGCCGAUCAGCUCAACCGCGCUGGCCACUCGGUCACCGUUUACGAGCGCGCCGACCGUCUUGGUGGUCUGUUGAUGUACGGUAUUCCCAACAUGAAGCUCGACAAGAAGAUUGUCAAGCGCCGUACCGAUCUGAUGGCUGCCGAGGGCGUCAAGUUCGUGACUGGCUGCACUGUCGGCAAGGACGUGACUGUGUCGCAGCUGCGUGAGGAGAACGCUGCUGUCGUGAUGACCGUCGGCUCGACGAUCCCUCGCGACCUCAACAUCCCCAACCGCAACCUGAACAACAUCAUGUUUGCGAUGCAGCUUCUGACCAUGAACACCGCCGCCCUGCUCGACGGCAACAUGGACCACGUCGCCGAGAUGAUCCGCGGCAAGAACGUGGUUGUCAUUGGUGGUGGUGACACCGGUAACGAUUGUAUCGGAACCUCUGUCCGCCACGGCGCAAAGUCGGUCGUCAACUUUGAGUUGCUUCCGCAGCCGCCUGCGACGCGCGCGAGCGACAACCCGUGGCCGCAGUGGCCGCGUAUCUUCCGUGUUGACUACGGUCACUCGGAGGUUACUGCUCACUACGGCAAGGAUCCUCGUGAGUACUGCAUCAUGUCGAAGGAGUUCGUCUCUGACGGUGAAGGCAAUGUCAAGGGCAUCAACACUGUUCGUGUUGAGUGGAAGCGCACCGAGUCUGGUGGCUGGCAGAUGGCACAGGUCCCCGGCUCCGAGCAAUUCUUCGCCGCCGACCUCGUCUUGCUGUCGAUGGGUUUCGUCGGCCCCGAGGCGCAGAACCUCGAGGUCAAGCGUGACGGCCGUGGUACGAUCGAGACCAAGAAGGACGCGAGCUCGAUCUACGAGAUCGACGACGGCUUGUUCGCUGCCGGUGACUGCCGUCGCGGCCAGUCGCUUAUCGUCUGGGGUAUCCAGGAAGGUCGCCAGUGCGCUCGCGCAGUCGAUCAGUACCUCAUGCACUCGACCAGAUUGCCUGCGAACGGCUCAAUCGAGAAGCGCGAUUACCUGCUGCUCGACAGUCUUCAGGAGAAGCCUAACGGAAAGCCUGUUGAGGUUGCCGUCUAAUCCUUCCUCUCUUAUCUUUUUUUUUUCUUUUUUGUUGUUUUGGUAAACAAAGCGUUUGGUGGAUAUCAAAAAGUUGUCCCAUGAUGAGUUUUCUUUCUUCUUUUCUUAUAUUCUAAUCUCAUAUAACCCAGAAAAAAAGACCUUUACAAAAAAAGAGAAAAAGGAUGUUUCUUCUUUCCUUUUGUCAAAAAUUGAUGCGUACUAUGAAUAUUUCUCUAAUUUCUAUUUUUUAUCAUUGUGUUUUUUGUUGUUGUUUUCAUUACAUAUAAUUUAGUUUAGUUUUGUUCUGUAUAGUCUUUUGCUUUGUUGCUUUGUUUUUUUGUGCUUUUGAAUGAAAAAUGUUAUAUAAAUCAA